GGAGGCCUUCCCCCCUCAGCCCUGGUCCUGGCAAGAAGCAAUCACGUGACAUGCUAAUAGGAGCUGCAGAGAUCAAUUUUCAUUCUGUCCCAUAGAAACACUAAGGUGCUGACUUGACUCUGACGCACACAGCCCGGCCAGGAUGAAGGUGAAGAUAAAGAGCUGGAAUGGUGUAGCCUCUUGGCUCUGGGUGGCCAAUGAUGAGAACUGUGGCAUCUGCCGGAUGGCCUUUAAUGGCUGCUGCCCAGACUGUAAGGUGCCUGGAGAUGACUGCCCUCUGGUGUGGGGCCAGUGUUCCCACUGCUUCCACAUGCACUGCAUUCUCAAGUGGCUGAAUUCACAGCAAGUCCAGCAGCACUGUCCUAUGUGCCGGCAAGAGUGGAAAUUCAAGGAGUGACAGAGCCCCCCGCAGCCAGCAGAUCUACUUGGAUUUAAUGGACUAUUGUUAAAGUGUUUUGUAGGGAUUCAGCCCCUCUGUUCACACCCUGGAACAGCGAAUUAUUUAUACAGCAUCAUAUACAUACCUGGCCCUUAUAGAGAAUUUUAGCAGAUAAUUCUUGCCCCCAAAUAAUUGACUCAUCAUAGGCAAAAAGGAAGCCUGGGGCAGAUGGAGCAGUGGAGACAUGACUGGUGAUGCAUGUUAACCAUCUGUAUGAUGCAUGUUAACCUUUCCCACCAUGAUUCUGGUUCCACAUGCUGUCAAAGUUUUCAGCAUUAUUAAUUGAUUCAUACUGGGCACAGGCAGUAUUUCAACUUUCUCUGUGCCCUUAAGUUCUACACAGCACAUGUGGGCCUCAGUAAAAAGCCAGGGGUUGGCCU